AUGGAUGUCCACGACUGGCAUGAGCAUGAGCAUGAGCAUGCACAGGAGGCGCGCAGUGUAAGAUCUACGACCGAAAUUGAACCAGGCCAUCGAUCUCUAUCAUUACGCGGUGAAGAUUCUGGCGCUUCAGAAUCGCUUGAUGUACUGCAAGAUGAUCGCGUUCAUGAUGAAGAACUACAGGUCAUACUGGGUACGCUUACUCGCAUGGGUUCCCAACACCAGUUGUGGAGUAACAAAUUUGUUGCAUUCAAUGUGAUUGUCUGCUACGUCGCCACAUACACGACUUACGCUCGAUUCUGCUACUUCUUAGAUCGCUACGGCGGUGAGUAA